UUUUCCCCUACUGUAACCUAACGCUAAGCCAUCCUCACGCGCCGCGCCGAUUCUUUCUUCCUCUCGCCAUCACCGCUCUCUCACCCACGCUCACGCGCCGCUCCUCUCCCUUUCUCCUCCCUAAUCUGCUCUCUCCGUCGCCGCUCCUCUCACCCACGCUCAACGCAGACCUGUGCCGCCGGCGAUCCCCAUCGCGCGUCUCCACCACAAUUCCUCCACAACACUUCCUCCAUCGUGAUUCUGCCUUUGUCCUCCCUAACCCACUCUCGCCUUCGCCGCUCCUCUCACCCACACUCACGCAUCACUGUAUCGCCGCACGCCUCCAUCGCGCGUCUCCACCACAAUUCCUCCACAGCACUACCUCCACCGUGAUUCCUUAGGCUUAAGCAAGCAAGUAGGAGUUCAAAGGUAACCCAUCAUAGCUUCUUCUCUCGCAUCAGACAAGAUUUCAUCAUCUUCUUCAUCCAUUCAGUCCAUCUUCCAUUCUUCCAAUAGAUCGGCCCACAUUCGAACUCCAUCAUAGCUAUCCAAAGCAAGCUUGGUUCAUUUUGUAUGAUGUGUGAUUUGAUUAUCUACUUCUUUGAUGUAUUCAUUGAUUGCUUGUGUUCAUGUUUUAAUGCUGGUUUGAAUUCAUUGUUGGUUAAAUUGUAAUUGACUUUAAUUCCCCAUGUUUUAGAUUUUAUGUAUCUAGUUCGAUUUAGAUGAUGCUUGCAAGGUGUUCAAUUAAAUGUUAUUAUUAUUAAGAUAUUUCUUGCUGCCUUUAAUUUAAUUCAAUUAUAUAUUUUUCUCCUUAUCAUCCUUAAAUUAACCAAGUUGCAUCCUUAAAUAACCAAGUCAUUCUCCUUAUUAUUUUUGAGAACCUUAAAACCUCCUCAAUCACAGGAACAAUAGAGGCAAAAAAGACUAAAGGAAGCAUACGGUGGAAGUUUUGGUCUAAGAAACUUGAAGCUUUAAAGUUGACAAUAAGCGAAGAUUUGUAUUAGUCCAUAUGGAAUGAUACUUUAUAUGUUUCUCAUUUGUUAAAAUGAGCUUAAUUUCCCAAAGCGUGCUUCUGAAUGAAAGGAAGGGCAAUAAACUUGAUAGAGAGGUAGCUGAUGCGGUUGUGGAUGAUGAAGUUCAGGAAGUUGAUUUGAUUGAGGAAAUUAAGUUGAAAAAAUCAAAGAAGAGAAGUGUUAAGACUGAUGAUUUUUCUCAGAAAAAGAAGAAAAAAUCAAAGAAGAGUAGUAUAGAUAUGGAUGUUUCACUUAAUGAAAUGGCACAAGAAAUUGAACAAGAGAAAAUGAAAAGGCGGCAGAGUAAGAAUGCCUCAAAGGAGAAGGCACAAAAAGAUGCAGAAGAGAAGAUGAAGAGUCUUGAGAGUUCUUUGUUUGGUGUCAUUUAUAAUCCUUUGGAGUUUGGGAAGGAAUUCAAUGCUGAUGGCAAGAAGCAGGUCAAAGCAGAUGCCCCAUUGUUUUUCAUGGAUAAGUCCACCAGCAAUGAGAUGGUUGUGUAUGAAGAGGAACUACAUGCUAUGGCUGCAGAAGACACCAACAAAGAAGAGAGAAAACCUGCAUGGAUAGAUGAGGAGGAGGAAAGGACAGAGGUCAAUAUAAUUCGUAUGAAUAGGUUGAGGAAGCUUAGGAAGGAGGCUAAUGAGCAAGUUAUUUCUGGUACAGAUUACAUUUCUCGGUUGAGGGCUCAACAUGCUAAGCUAAACCCAGGAACAGAGUGGGCAAAUGUUGAUGGUAAGAAUGCUCAUGAAAGUGAUUUUGAUGAAGACUCUUAUGAUGAAAGUGGUGUCACUAUUGCCCAUGGCUACGAGGAUGCUGAAGCUAACGAUUUUCUUCGUAGCAAUGAUGAUCUUGUCAUAAAGAGCAAUACUAAACUCUUACCUGGAUUACUGGAAUACUCGAGGAUGGUAAAUGCUAAUGCCGAGGUGCCCUCUAAUGGUCCAAUCAAUUCAGUUCAGUUUCACAGAAAUGGUCAAUUACUUCUGACUGCUGGACUUGAUAGGCGGAUAAGAUUUUUCCAAGUGGAUGGAAAGCGCAAUCCUCAAAUACAAAGUAUCUUUAUUGAGGAUUGCCCUGUUCAUAAGGCAUCCUUUUUACCCAAUGGUUCUGAGGUUAUACUUUCAGGCAGGAGGAAAUUCUUUUACAGCAUUGAUUUGGUUAAAGCAGCUGCGAGUAAGAUAGGUCCCUUGACUGGGAGAGAAGAGAAAAGCUUGGAGGCUUUUGAGGUUUCUCCUGAUUCGAACACCAUUGCAUUCAUUGGAAAUGAAGGUUACAUCCUUUUGGUUUCAUCCCGAACAAAGGAGUUAAUUGGGACUUUGAAGAUGAAUGGAAGUGCUCGAUGUCUGGCUUUUGCUGACGGUGGGCAGCAGCUAUUGAGCGGUGGAGGUGAUGGACAUGUCUAUCACUGGGAUCUCAGAACUAGGAGGUGCAUUCACAAGGGCACUGACGAUGGUAGCAUAGGUGGGUCAGCCCUCUGUGCUUCACAAGAUAGUUCUAUGUUUGCUUCAGGUUCAGCCAGUGGUAUUGUUAAUGUUUACAAGAGAGAGGAGUUUCUUGGGGGAAAGCAAAAGCCAUUGAAGACUAUUGAAAAUUUAACAACAAUGGUUGAUCAUAUGAAGUUCAACCAUGACAGUCAGAUUUUGGCUAUGAUCUCGAGAGUGAGUAAGAAUGGUCUAAAGCUGGUGCAUAUCCCAUCGUACAAUGUAUUCUCAAACUAUCCUCCUACGAGAUCUAGCAUCCAGUAUCCUCGCUGUCUUGAUUUCAGCCCUGGAGGUGGAUUUAUGACAGUAGGAAAUGCUGCUGGAAAGGUUUUUCUCUACAAGUUGCACCAUUACCAAAAUGCAUGACGUGCAUUAAGAAAAUUUACAGCUUUUGGUUGCCUGUGCUUUUGAUCUAGUUUUCUCUCUGAACCUUAUAAAAUAUCAUCUGAGCUCUUUAAUGAUUAUGUAACCAAAUUUGUUUGGAAUUUUGUUGACAGCCAUAUUUUAUCAA